AUGACUCUCGUCAAUGGACAUGACUCCGGUCCAGGCACCGAGGAAUCGCCGCAGCGCGUCAGGAACCUGCCUGGCUACACUACGCCCAUAUUCAAUGGUAAAGAUGAACAACGCGCUAAGGUGAAGGUUGACGUCGCUGCCAAGGGAUUUAUUCCUCGCCAGCUGGUCGAGAACGAGGUGGACUGGUUCUACUCUCAACUUGGUAUCGAUGAUACCUACUUUCAAAACGAAUCGUCCUUUGUGAUAUCUGAUCACAUCAUCGCGCUCUUUGGUGCUAAGAUUCUUGCAUUCACGAAGCACGACUUCAAUAAGCUCGUCAUCGACCUCGAGAAGAUCGACGAGAAUGGAGAUGGUGCGACUUUCAUUCACACUAGUUUGCCGGGCCUGACUUCUACGGAGGGCCCUGGCGCUACUUGCGAAUCGAGAAUUGACUCUUUAUACCUUGACAAAUCAACCCCGUCGGAAUGUUACCGCCUGGAAACUUACCGGUCAACUGGAUCCAUAUCAGCAACAGCAGCUAAACAGUUGCGCUGCUACUUUGUUACCAAGUGCAACUUUCCUUCCCCGCCCACGCCCACGCCCUCAACUCGGGGGGAUAGACAUACCGACAUCCGCACUGUCUCUGACACUGCUUUCCUUGAGAGAGCGAGCCCGCAUACUCUUCGGGUGUACCAGAAGAUCAUGUGGCAAGUCGAGAGCCGCUAUGGUCCUGUAAUGGAAGUAUAUGAAGUUGAAGGCACUCGUGAGAGGCGUCUUGUCAUUGGAUACAAGAUGGGCAGCACUUCCCGGUUCUUCAGCGCUCUCUCGCACCUCUAUCACUUUUACCAGCUGUACUCGGCCCGCAAGUAUGUAGAGCAGUUCUCCAAUGGGAUCACGAUCAUCUCUCUAUACCUGAAUCCGAUGCCUGAUUCAACCGGCGCGCCCAUCGAGCACUCCAUAUUCCAGGUGAUGAAAGAAGCAUCUCUUCUGUACUGCCUCCCCGAUAACCCCUUUUUUCGUGAUUCCGUCAACUCUGGACAUGCUGUGCAAGAGGCGACCUAUGCCUAUUGCGGUUGGGUUUUUGCUCAACACUUCUGCAAUCGCCUGGGUCCUGCAUACCACCACCUCAGGAAUAUCUUGGACGAAUCAAACCCCUCGCACGCUGAAGUUCUCAAUGAUAUCAAGAGGCGCUUCAGAGAGGAAACUUUUACGCGCGAUAAUAUCGCUCAAGUUAUCCACGCACAUUCGGAAAUUAUCCGCCUCCUGUACGUCAACUUCGCUAUGGUACACUAUCCCACUGCGGACCAAGCAUCACAGCUGCGUCCUACUCUCUCCUACCAGCGUCUUCACACGACGCAGCCCCUGUCCGACUCUGAGUUGCACGAUAAAAUCAGGCGUGCAGUCUCAAACAAGCAAGAUCUACAAGUUCUCGAGAGCUUCCUUAUUUUCAACAAGCACGUCCUGAAGACGAAUUUCUAUCAACCAACCAAGGUCGCACUAUCGUUCCGUCUCGCCCCCAAUUUUUUGCCCCAGGGUGAAUAUCCAACACCGCUUUUUGGAAUGUUUCUUGUCAUCGGAAAUGAAUUUCGUGGCUUUCACAUUCGCCUCAGAGAUGUUGCCCGUGGCGGCAUUCGUAUAGUCAUGUCGAGAAACGAGGAAAACUACACGAUCAACAAGAGGAUGCUGUUCGAUGAGAACUACGGAUUAGCUGCCACCCAAUCUUUGAAGAACAAGGACAUUCCGGAAGGAGGGGCCAAGGGUACUAUUUUGCCUUCUCUUGGAGCGCCGCCCAGACGCUGCUUCGAGAAGUAUAUUGAUGCUAUCAUCGAUCUCCUUAUCCCCAAUCAUAGCUCGGGAAUUAAGGAACGCCAUGUCGACUUGUAUGGCAAAGAAGAGUUGUUGUUUUUUGGGCCUGAUGAGGGUACAGCAGACAUGAUGGAUUGGGCGGCAUUGCACGCUCGUGAUCGUGGUGCCGAGACAUGGUGGAAGACAUUCACCACUGGCAAGAGUGCUGAGCUUUUGGGCGGUGUUCCCCAUGAUACUUAUGGGAUGACAUCGUUGUCUAUUCGCCAAUAUGUUCUCGGCAUUUAUAAGCAGUUUGCACUAAGGGAGACGGACAUCACAAAAGUGCAGACUGGUGGCCCUGAUGGAGAUCUUGGUUCAAAUGAGAUACUCUUGAGUUCUGACAAGACCGUUGCUAUUAUUGAUGGCAGCGGCGUUCUUGCCGACCCUGUAGGUAUUAACCGCAAGGAGCUCAUCCGCCUCGCAAAACUACGACUACCCGUGUCUUACUUCGAUAAGACCAAAUUGAGCAAGGACGGGUACCUCGUCAAGGUCGAGGAACAAGAUGUCAAGCUACCAUCUGGAGAAGUCGUUCUCGAUGGCAACGAUUUCAGGAACGGCGCUCACUUCCGUUUCAAGGCAGACCUUUUUGUGCCUUGCGGUGGACGUCCUGAAGCCGUAAACAUCUCUAAUGUUGCUGCUUUGACGGAUACAGAAGGCAAACCCCACUUCAAGUACAUCGUUGAGGGUGCAAAUCUGUUCUUCACUCAGCAGGCAAGGUCUCACCUGGAGAAACGCAGGGUCGUUAUGUUUAAGGACUCCAGUGCGAACAAGGGCGGUGUGACCAGCUCCUCGCUUGAAGUGCUCGCAGGUCUCGCCCUCACGACCCAGGAAUACCUCGACCUUAUGGUCUUCAAGGGCGGCAAGCCGUCAGACUUCUACCGAAACUACGUUAAAGACAUUCAGACCAAGAUUGCUGAGAAUGCCGCCGCAGAGUUCCACUGCAUUUGGCAAGAGCACGCCCGCCUCCAAGGUGGUAAGCCUCGGACGCAGAUUUCGGACGAACUCUCCAUCAUGCUCAACGAAUUGCACACUAAGCUCGAACAUUCCGACUUGUUUGAGGAUGUUCCGAGCCGCAAAGGUGUAAUGAGACGCGCUAUACCCACCACCCUAGUGGAGCAGGUCGGUCUCGAUACCCUGCUGGAGAGGCUUCCCGAGCCAUACCAGCGCGCUCUGUUCUCGAGCUGGGUUUCUUCACAUUUUAUCUAUAAAUACGGCGUUAACAGUUCCACUAUAGAUUUCUUUCACUUCGCUCGGGAUCUCUCACGGGAAUGA